AUGGUUCGGGAUGGAGAGGGGAUCCUGUGCUCUUGCAGCUCGUCCGGCCAGGAGUUUACUUUCUACCAGUCCCUUCCAGCACUCUAUAACAACAUUCUGGAACGCCAAAACCACCCUGUUCAGAUAUCAGGAAACGAAACGAGCAUUACAGAUCAAGAAGAAAACGACUGGAUUUCAUUAGCUGGACAUCUGAUGCCUAGUGCCAAGUUGACCGCCAUCCAGUCGUGUGUUGCAAAUUGGUUGACGAAUUCCCCUGGUACAAAAGUCACAAUUUUCACCCAAUUCCGUGGGAUGGUCCGAAUUCUCAGCAACAUGUGUAUAAAACAGGGUUGGGGCCAUACAACGCUUACUGGAAAUGCUCCGCCAUCAGAGAGACAUCGAGAUAUCGAAGAGUUUCGUGUUGAUCCCACAGUUCGCGUUCUAAUUUCUUCACUUAAGGCUGGAGGGACAGGAUUGAAUCUUACCAUGGCAGAUAAAUGCAUACUAGUUGACUUGUGGUGGAAUGAAGCUAUUGAGCAACAGGCGUUCUGUCGUCUUUUCAGAUAUGGGCAAACGAAAGAAGUGGAAAUAGUCAGAAUCUCUGUGAAAAACAGCAUAGAUGAUCGAAUUCAACUGAUCCAACAUGAAAAGUCGACUAGCAUUGAAAAGACGAUUGGUUACGAUGCGCUGUCAUCCAGGGACACGCUGGAAGAUAUUCUGAAAAUCUUUGGUGUUACUGAAGACCCAGAUGGGGAGAAUGGAUUCGCUUUCAUCGCGGAUGACGAUGCCUGA